UACUAUACAAGUUAUAUUCCCUUCCAUAAUCAGGACUGAUCUCUGGGUUUUUAUCCUUCUUCCACUUCCUUAACCUCCUCAUCUCACAUAUCUUGUUGUUGUUUUAUUAUUCAAAUUAUGAUGUUAAAAGCAGUGCCAAGAGAAGAUUAUAACAAUGAUGAAGUAUACUUCUUAUUACGAUCUAUUGGGUGUCAAUGUUGAUGCAUCCUUCGCUGAGAUCAAGAAGGCUUAUUACCGAAAAGCAAGGCAAGUUCACCCUGAUAAAAACCCCGGAGAUCCAAGGGCUGACGAGAAAUUUCAUGCACUCUCUGAAGCUUACCAGGUUCUAAGUGAUCCUUCAAAACGUGAAGAAUACGACAAACAUGGAAAGGCAGGAUUCCAACCAGACUCCAUGUUGGAUCCUGCAGCCGUGUUCGGAAUGGCUUUCGGAAGUGAAUACUUCGACGAAUAUGUCGGGCAACUACAAAUGGCUACUUUGGCUUCAGUUGAACUUGAAAGUGAAGAUAGUUCACUAGAUAAGGAAGGUCGUUUGCAAAAGCUUAAGGAAAAGCUUGCGGCAUUGCAGAAAGAAAGGGAAGAAAUGCUUAUCAUAAUACUGAAAAAAAGACUUCAGCCCCACGUUGAUGGUAAAACCAACGAGUUUACGACUUGGGCAAAUUCCGAAGCACAACGACUUUUGAAAACUGCUUUUGGAGAGGAAAUGCUACGUACUAUUGGAUAUGUUUACAGGAGGAAAGGUGCGAGAGAACUGGGCAAAGAAAAGUAUAUGAAGGUACCCUUUUUAGCCGAAUGGGUGCGCGAUAAAGGCCACCGUGUGAAAUCACAAGUGAUCGCAGCUUCAGGUGCCGUUAAUUUAAUUCAGAUACAAGAAGAGCUUAAGAAAGCAAACCAAGGAGAAAAUGGAGACGAAAGCUUAAUGAGAACCUUCGAAGAUAGAAAGGAUGCCAUGCUUCAAUCCCUUUGGAAGGUCAAUGUGGUUGAUAUCGAAACAACUUUAUCUAACGUCUGCUUAGCUGUACUUGAAGACCCUGAUGUACCCAAGAAAGUUCAGGCUCUAAGAGCCAAAGGAUUGAAAAUGCUUGGAUCAAUUUUUCAAGGAGUGAAAGUUUCUUACGGUAGAGCGGACAGCCCCCGAAAGAAAUAUGACUGUUGAUGUCUUUAAGAGGGAAUGGAGGUUCUCACGGAGGCCAAGAGCCUAUGAAGGAAGAGAUAGGUUGGAACGUCGGUCAGAGGCAUUAGAAGCUGGAGAUUAAAAUGAGCAAAGUAGCAGACCUUUUUCCUAGUCCUGAAGGCAAUGAAACAGACCUGUUUAUACCUUUCUCCAUGGGGCUCUCACCCGAUAUGUGUCGACCAUAGGUCUUAGCUAUCCUUGUUACGAGGGUUCUCAACACCUGCACGGUAACAUGAGGGGGGGGUCGUUUUCGUAUUGCGCAUCCUCAUUUGGAUCUGGAUGUGAUUAGCGAAGGCUUUGUGUCGCGACAUACGAAGGUUUGCUGUCAUUAGGAGGGUCGAUCAGCACAACCCUAUGUGGAAUAGGUUCCUGAUGAGAAGAGGCUAGGCCAUCACCAUAUUGUUAAUGAUGGUUAUCAUCAGGUUGACGAUCAAGCCCUGAGUUGAUUCCCCAAGAAAGUUCAGGUUGGCGAUGUGUCUCUGGACCAGCACCUCGUUGUUUCAGCUGUCUUUAGUUUUGAGUCUAACAAUUGUUCUCUGAUCCGAGGGAGGUUGUAAAGUGGCGCAAGUACUCAGAAAAGGUCUCCUAUUCUUGUGCUUUUCUUUGGUGGCGGAAGUAGUAGGGACGGAAGAGUCUGGACUCCGGCGUGUGUCCGGCCUCUAAUACCUCUUACCAUAGUUUUGGCCUCAUUUCUUCCUUGAGAUGCUCUUAUUCACCGGGCGAACCUCCAGCUUCAUCGAAAACAUCAGCAGCAGAAAAGCUAUAAAUGCCGAUUUAGAUCGAAGGCCUCUAAAACCCUUGUGCAAAUCACCAUUUCCAAGUUAAACCAGACAUUAUCAUAUAUCAAAAUCUGCUUGAUUAUAACUUAUAAGAGCUUCAACAAGCUUUUCAUGUGAAAUAACAUAAUAAACAUAUAAUAUGAUGUACAUACUCAGACUCCAUUAAAGACGAA